UAUAUGCCUUGAGUCUGGUGCUUGGUGACACACUCUACUUUUGCAGGAGCAAAGUCAAAGGGCCAUAAAGCAGUGUUUCCUGGGAUACCUCCCUGCUUCCUGCUUCAUAGUCAUUCAAAAAAAGGUUCCUUCAGCAGCAGCAGCAGGGGCUUCUACCACAGAGACAACUACUCUCAGACUCAACCCAGGUUUAUGUUAUGCUGCAUUUGAGUAAGGGGGAUUUUGUAUGGGUGGACACUGGCGUGGGGGUGCCGAUCGGGGCGGAGGUCAAGGUGACAGAUACCGGACAGCUUCAGCUCAUCGAUGAUGAAGGAAAGGAGCACAAGAUCAAGAAGAAGACGGAGGGCACCAUCCGGCCCAUGCACCCCACCUCUGUGAAGGGUGUGGAUGACAUGAUAAGGCUCGGUGAUCUCAAUGAGGCAGGGCUCCUCAGGAACCUCCUGGUGCGACACAAAGAAGGCAUCAUCUAUACAUACACAGGCUCCAUUCUGGUUGCAGUCAACCCUUACCAGCUGCUGCCCAUCUACACCACUGAGCAUGUGCACAUGUACACAGAUCGACGGCUGGGUGAACUGCCGCCGCACGUCUUCUCCAUCGCAGACAGCUGCUUUUUCAACAUGCGCCGCAGCCGAAGGAACCAAUGCUGUGUCGUCAGUGGCGAGUCGGGAGCAGGGAAGACUGAGAACACCAAGCUCAUGCUGCAGUUCCUGUCUGCAGUGAGUGGCCAGCACUCUUGGAUUGAACAGCAGAUUCUUGAAGCUAACCCCAUCUUGGAAGCCUUUGGUAAUGCCAAAACCGUUCGUAAUGACAACUCUAGUCGUUUUGGCAAGUACAUUGACAUCAACUUCACCAAGGGUGGGGCCAUUGAAGGGGCUCGUGUUGAUCAGUACCUGCUGGAGAAGUCCCGAGUUUGUCGUCAGGCGCCUGAGGAAAGAAACUACCACAUCUUUUACUACAUGCUGAUGGGCAUGACAGCUGAGCAGAAAAAGAUUCUAUCCCUCGGGAACGCUGCUGAGUACAACUAUCUGACCAUGGGUAACUGCACCAGCUGUGAAGGACGUGAUGAUGUGAAGGAAUACGCCCACUUCCGUUCAGCUCUGAAGAUCCUCAUGUUCACAGACAGUGACUCCUGGGAAAUCUCCAAACUGCUUGCUGCUAUCCUUCACCUGGGCAAUGUAGACUUUGAGGGUACCAUCGUAAAUAACCUCGAGGGCUGUGACAUCCUCAAAUCCUCCUACGCCACCAUGGCCAGCCAACUUUUGGAGGUGGAUCCCAAAGCGCUGGGGACAGGUCUGACUCAGCGCUCCUUCAUGACAGCCAGAGAGAGUGUGACCAAAGCUCUGACCUCUGCCCAGGCGGUGGACGGCAGGGACGCCUUCGUCAAGGCUAUUUAUGGAAGACUUUUCCUUUGGAUCGUGGACAAAAUCAACGCUGCGGUUUACAAGCCACCCGAGGAUUCCAACAAGCUCCAGCAGUCAAUAGGCUUGCUCGACAUCUUUGGUUUUGAGAACUUCACCAAAAACAGCUUUGAGCAGCUGUGCAUCAACUUUGCCAAUGAGCAGUUGCAGCAAUUCUUCGUCAAGCAUGUUUUCAAACUGGAGCAGGAAGAGUAUGCCCGUGAAAACAUCGUGUGGAAGAAAAUAGACUACAAAGACAACCAAUGCACCCUGGACGUAUUGGCCAACAAACCUCUGAACAUGCUGGCCCUGAUUGAUGAGGAGAGCAGCUUCCCCAAGGGCACAGAUACCACCCUACUCCUAAAAAUGAAUCAGGUCCAUGGGAAAGGGAACAUCUAUAUUGCCCCCAAGAACAACUAUGAGACAGAGUUUGGAAUCCAACAUUUUGCUGGAAAGGUCCACUAUGAUUCAAAAGGUUUCCUUGAGAAAAACCGUGACGCGCUCAGCUCGGAUCUGAUUCACCUGGUGGAGACCUCCACCAAUAAACUCCUCAAACACACCUUUCAGGAUGUUCUGUCUAGCAGCACGAUCAAGAGCAGCGUCAACCCCAGGAUGAUCAUCACCUCGGCCAACAACAGCCUCCGGCAAGCGUCUGAUAGCAAGAAGCGUGUGCCAACUCUGACUGGACAGUUCCGUCAGUCUCUGGAUUCCCUGAUGAAAACACUGACCGUGUGCCAGCCCUAUUUCAUACGCUGCAUUAAACCCAACGACUUCAAGAAGCCCAUGCUGUUUGACAGAGAGCUGUGUAUGCGCCAGCUCCGUUACUCUGGUAUGAUGGAGACCAUCAGGAUCCGCAAAGCUGGGUAUCCCGUCCGCUACACAUUCGAUGAGUUUCUGACUCGCUACCGUGUCCUUCUGAAAACUUCUGUCUGUGAUCCCAAAAGAGAAGGUAAAGAGAAAUGCUGUGAAAGCAUUUGUGAGUCUGUGCUUGCUGGAGAGGGCGACUGGAAGACUGGCAAGACAAAGAUAUUCCUCAAGGACUUCCAUGACACAAUGCUCGAGGUGGAGCGGAUCAAAGAACUAAAUGAGAAAGGCCUUCUGAUCCAGAAAGUCCUAAGAGGAUACAAAUACAGGAAACAAUUCCUGAGGAAAAAGGCCGGUGCUCUUGUCAUUCAGAAACACUGGAGAGGACACAAAGGCAGAAAGCUGUACAGAGUGGUCCAGCUGGGCUUUGCGAGGCUGCAGGCACAGGUUCGGUCUCGUCAGCUCCACUUCCUGUAUAAGAAGAAGCGGGAGGCAGCCCUCGUGCUUCAGGCCCGAGCCAGAGGAUACCUGGCCCGAAAGGAAUGGAAGCGCAAGAGAGACGCUGUGAUCCUGCUGCAGGCACACACCAGGGGUGCACUGGCAAGAAGAGCUGUCAAAAAGAAGAAAACAGAUAUGUACCUCUCUGCUAAAGAAAAAGAAGAAGAGCGACGAGGCAUUUUGGAGAAACAGAAACAUUUGGAGGAAAUGCUGAAGCGGAAGAAAGAGAUGGAGGCCAAAGCUCAGACUGAGUCCAUCACAGACCAGGAGAUGGUGGACAGCAUCUUUGACUUCCUGCCUGUUAUGGUUGGAGGGCAGGAGGGCCAAGCACCUGUCGGAUUUGAGUUUGAGGGGAAAAGGACAAUUAUCGAGGAGAUAGACAUCGAUGAAAUCCCCAUGGAAGAAGAUCUACUCAAAGAAGACUAUGAUGAUCUGGAUGAGUACUCCUUCUCCAAAUUUGCCUCCAUGUACUUCCAGGGUGCAGCCACCCACACUCACAUCCGCCAGAGGCUUCCGCAGCCCCUGCUUUACCAUGAAGACAAAGGAGAUGUCCUGGCUUCACUGACAGUGUGGUGGAUCAUCCUGAGGUUCAUGGGAGACCUCCCUGAGCCAAAGAAGAAGGUCCAGGGAGCCUCCCCGCAGGAGCGCUUUGUGCCACAGGAGCUGAUCUCCAGAAAGGACAGGCGUCUCAGCCACAUGGUUGGCCUGGAUCAGAGGGUGCUAAGGAAUAACAAAGAAAGGAAACCUUCCACAGUACCCGAGGAGCCCUCGCAAAACAGAAAGGCCUCCAUUUUCACAGACAUUCUGGCAAGAAACAAAAAGGCUUCUGCUGUGCUUGGUGACACGGCUCAAAACCCAAAGGUUUACACCGUGCCAGAAGGAAGCCCUCGAACAAGGAAGGGAUCCACAUUCACUGACCUACUGUCCAGAAACAGAAAAGCAUCCACUGUGGAAGGAUCCACAAAAUCCACUUCAAAAUCUACAUCUAGCCUCAGGAAACCCUCGAUCAUCAUGGAGGAGUCUGAUGAACUGACUGAAGUUUCCAAGCCUCCCACCCUGCAGACUGUGAAGGAGGACAGUGACAUCAUGACUGAAGAAGGACCCACCCUGGACCGGCCUCUGACGGCACUUGAAAAAGUCCACUUCAUCGUGGGAUAUGCCAUAGUCAGACGUGACCUCAGGGAUGAGAUUUACUGUCAGAUCUGCAAGCAGCUUCAAGAUAACAGCAAUCGCAACAGCUACUUCCGUGGCUGGAUCCUGCUGUCCCUCUGUCUGGGUGUUUUCCCUCCAAGUGAUCGCUUUCUAAGGUACCUGCAAAGUUUCAUCCGUUUCGCUCCAGGAGGCUACGCUUCCUACUGCGCUGAAAGGCUGCGGCGCACACUAAUGAACGGAGUGCGAGGGGAGCCUCCAGCCUGGCUGGAACUGCAGGCAACCAAGACAAAAAAGCCCAUGAUUGUGUCUGUGCUGCUGAUGGAUGGACGCUCCAUUAACCUGCCUGUUGACUCCUCAUCUACCUCCAGAGAGAUCUGCCAACUCCUCUCCAACAAAGUCAAGCUCAAAGACACCUUUGGCUUUUCAGUCUAUGUUGCCUUGUAUGAAAAGGUGUGGGCUCUGGGCAGCGGGCGGGAGCACGUGAUGGAUGCCAUCUCCCAGUGUGAGCAGGAAGUCAAGAGGAGAGGAGGGCAGGAACAGCACGCUCCCUGGCGUCUCUUCUUCCGCAAGGAGGUCUUCACCCCCUGGCACGACUGCAAAGAAGACGCGAUCAGCACAGACCUCAUCUACAAACAGAUCAUCCACGGUCUGAAGUUUGGAGAGUACCAGAGUGAAAAGGAGGAGGAUUAUGUUCAGCUUGCUGCGAAACAUCUAUACAUCCAGCAUGGCUCAGACAGCUGUGCAGAACAUGUGAAGGAAGCAGUUCAGGACUGCAUCAACAACUCUCGGCUGGAGGCCAAGUCAGAGGCCAAGUGGGUGCAGAUGGUCAGCGCUGCUCAUGCUCAGGGUCCAUUUUUGAGUUCAAGACAGAAGGCAGACUCAGUGAGGGCCGAGAUGGUGGACUACGCCCGAAUGAAGUGGCCCAUGUUCUUUUCCAGGUUCUUUGAAGUAGUCAAACUGUCAGGUCCUCCGCUGCCAAAGAGCAAGUUCAUUGUGGCCAUAAACUGGACUGGUAUCACUUUCCUGGACGAGAGAGAGAAGAGGCUGCUGGAGCUCUCCUUCCCUGAAGUCACCGGAGUCCACACCGUGAGGGAGGGCAAAGUGCCCGGCCAGGCGGUGAGCCUGCUGACACUGAAAGGAGACUUCACUCUGAGUGGGGGCACAGCUGAGGACAUGGCAGAGCUGGUGACAAUGUUCCUCAGUGGACUGACGGAGAGAUCUCAGUAUGCUGUGACCCUAAAGGAAGCCGACAGGCAAGAUGACCCCACAUUCCUGGGCUUUAAGAAAGGAGAGCUCAUUAUAAUAAUCAAAGAUGACGAGUUCUCUCAGGAACGUGGCUGGAUUAAGGGCCAAAAUGAGAGCACCAAACAAACAGGUGCCGUCCCCACCGAGGCCAUCUUAAUCCUGCCAACACUCAGCAAACCCACCAAGGAAGUCAUGAGCCUCCUCAACUUGUCUCCUAACCAGAGGAAGAACAUCAUAAAGGAAAACCAGAAAGAAACAGGAACGAUGGAGAGAGCAGCUCCUGCCACGCUGAAAGAAUUCUCCCUCCAGUACUUCAGGCAGCCCACUAUCGAUGUGAACCGGCAGGUGAUGUCCAGGAACGCUGCUCCUGAGAGGCUGUGGGUGAACUCCAGAGAGCCAAUCAGACAGCCCUUCCUCAAGAAACUGGUGGGCAACGCAGAGCUCAGCCACAAAGCCUGUCUGGCCUUCACUGCGAUCCUAAAAUACAUGGGAGAUUACCCCACCAAGCAGAUGCAGAGUCCUCUCGAGCUCACCGACCAGAUCUUCAGCCCCCCCACUCAAAAUGAAGCGCUCAGGGAUGAGAUCUACUGCCAGAUCAUGAAGCAGAUGACAAGCAAUACCAACCGGUUCAGCGUGGAGCAGGGCUGGCAGCUGCUGUGGCUCUGCUGCGGCAUGUUCCCCCCCAGCCAGGCUCUUUUGAAGCACACUCAGCGAUUUGUGGAGUCUCGGCGCAGAGAGCCCCUGGCCUCCGACUGCCUGCAGCGUCUGCAGAGCUCCCUGAGGAUGGAGCCCAGGAAGCUUCCACCACACCAGGUGGAGGUAGACGCCAUCCAACAGAACAGCACCCAGAUCUUCCACAAAAUCCACUUCCCUAACGACACAGAGGAGAAAUUUGAGGUUGCGACAAAUACCAAGAUCAGGGAUCUCAUCCAGAACAUUACCAGGAGGCUCAGUCUGGCUUCAGCGGACGGCUUCAGCCUUUUUGUCAAAACUAAUGACAAGGUUCUCAGUUUGAAUGACACAGACUACUUCUUUGAUAGUCUGAGACAAAUCACUGACUGGUCCAAGAAAGCCAAGAGGAUCAAAGACGGUGGGCCAGUCAACAUAUCCUACCUUGUGUUCUUUAUGAGGAAGUUAUGGUUCAAUGUGAUCCCGGGCAGAGACACAAAGGCCGAUCUUAUAUUCCAUUUCCCUCAGGAGCUACCAAAGUACCUGAGAGGCUAUCAUGUUUGCACCAAAGAGGAAAUGGUCAACAUUGCGGCUCUGCUCUUCAUGAUUAAAGUUGGCAGUGACCAGAGCCAGUUGGUCCUGAUUCCCAAGCUGCUGAAGGAGCUGGUGCCCAUGGACCAACUGAAGGCCAUGUCUGAAAAUGAGUGGAAGAAGAGUAUCGUUGCCUCUUAUAACAAACAAGUUGGUAUGACGGUUGAAGAAGCUAAGGUGGCUUUUCUGAAGGCAGUGUGCCGCUGGCCGACGUUCGGCUGUGCAUUCUUUGAAGUGAAGCAAACAUCAGAACCAAAUUUCCCAGAUAUUGUGCGAAUAGCUGUCAGCAAGCAAGGACUCACCAUCAUCCACCCUAAAACCAAGGAUGUGCUGGCAAAUCACCCAUUCAACCGCAUCGCUAACUGGUGCAGUGGAAGCACCUACUUUCACAUGACUAUCGGCAACUUAGUCAAAGGGAGUAAAUUCCUGUGUGAAACUUCACUGGGUUACAAGAUGGAUGAUCUUAUAACCUCCUAUGUCAGCAUGUACCUCAGAGAGAGGAGGACAGUGCAAACCAGGAACCAGCGCUUUGACAUGUGAGCCUCGAGUGUGAUGCAACGGGUGCCUGUAGCUGUAGAUUCAAACCCACACACUCAACACGUAGUUCAUACUCACACAGACGCAGAGCAGGACCAGUUCUCUCUUUUUAAAAUGCUAUCAACUUUAUUUGUGCUCAUGCUUUGAUUAUUUGCAUA